CUCGGCGACUAUACCAAAAACCCUAAUUUGAACCUGUGCCGUCGUCGUGCCACCCAUUUCUACGACUUGCUUUCCAUCCCUACCCUGUUUCUGACCACUUUAUUCUUCAUUUAAUUUGAAUUAUUAAGAACGAUGGUAGCCCCACUCUACAAGAAUCUUGAGCCGACCAUGGGAGAUAAUGAAGAAGACGUUGAUGCUGAUGCUGAUGUUGAUGUUGAUGAUGAACAGAAUUGGGAAGAUUGGACUGCCGAGGGAGAAGGGGAAGACGAUGACCUGGAAUUGCUCUGUUUAUUUUGUGAUUCUAAAUACAGUUCAGCUAAUUCACUCUUUGAACACUGCCAUUCGAGCCACAGUUUUGAUUUUGGAAGCAUCAGGACGACAAUGAAGUUGGAUUUCUAUGGUUGUUUCAAGCUUCUCAACUAUGUUAGAUCACAGGUGGCACGGAAUCAAUGUUGGAGCUGUGGAAGUAUUUGUCAGUCUAGGCAAGAGCUACAAGAUCAUUUACAUGAACAAUCAGGUUUUGAAAGCAAUAAUCUUCCAUGGGACAAUGACAUGUACCUCAAACCAUAUAUGGAAGAAGAUCAUCUUUUGUAUAGUUUUGGUGAAGAUGAAGAAGUUGAUGAUGAUGAUAUAAGAUCAGCUGAUGAGGACCUGGCCAGGAUUAUAAAGGUUUUAGGAAAGACAUGCAUUGACGACAGAACUGAUUCAGAAACAUCUGCUUCUAUUUCUAAGUUUCUUGAAUCCUGCAAGGAGAAUGCAGUGACUGAGGUUGUUUCUGUUUCUAAAAACAAUGGGGCGAGCUAUUCCGACGGUGCAAAGGUGAACUCUAAGAAUGCAAAACUAGGCAGUGCCCAUGAUGGAGUGUCAGAUGAUAAAAAAUCAAAUGAUUCUUCUGUGAACCCUGCCGAUAGUGAAAUCAUAAUCGUGAAUAAGAGCUAUUUUGGCUCAUAUGGUUCAUUUGGUAUCCACAGAGAGAUGAUAAGUGAUAAGGUAAGGACGGAUGCUUAUAGACAAGCUAUUGUAGACAAUCCAUCUCUUAUAAAGGGUGCUGUUGUUUUGGAUGUUGGUUGUGGUACAGGGAUACUGAGUCUGUUUGCAGCCCAAGCAGGGGCCUCAACAGUAAAUGCAGUCGAAGCAAGUGAUAAGAUGGCUUCAGUAGCCACUCAGAUUGCAAAAAACAAUGGUCUUCUCUGGAAUCAGGAGCAGGGAAGCGGAGUAGUUAAAGUUGUCAAUGGCAUGGUUGAAGAUCUUAUUGUAUCUGGAAAAAUUGAGCCCCAAAGUGUUGAUGUUUUAGUGAGUGAGUGGAUGGGGUAUUGUCUACUUUAUGAGUCAAUGCUCAGCUCUGUGCUUGUUGCUCGAGAUCAUUGGUUGAAGCCUGGAGGUGCCGUUCUUCCUGAUACAGCUACCAUGUUUGUUGCCGGAUUCGGAAAAGGUGCCACCAGCAUCCCUUUCUGGGAAAAUGUUUAUGGAUUCAACAUGUCUUGUAUCGGUAACGAACUAGUUGAAGAUGCUUCUCAUAUUCCGAUUGUUGAUGUUGUGGAUGGAAACGAUUUGGUGACAAAUACUGCACUUCUCCAGGUGUUUGACUUGGUGACUAUGAAACCCGAUGAAGUUGAUUUUACCGCAUCUGUUCAGUUGGAACAAAAGUCGUCACAUUCGGCAGGCAUAGAAUCAACCGUAACCAAGUGUUACGGAAUCGUCCUAUGGUUCGAGACCUCGUUUACAAGCAGGUUUUGCAAAGAAAUGCCUACCGUUUUGUCGACAUCGCCUUAUACCCCUCCAACACAUUGGUCUCAAACGUUACUCACUUUUCGGGAACCAAUUUCUUUAUCCAAAAUGUUGGUCAAUGGGAGUUCUUCAACGGUUGGCACCGAUGUCGCACCAGCAGUCAAAAUCGAUUCACGCAUCAGUAUAGCACGUGGGGUCGAACAUCGUAGCAUUGAUAUUUCACUGGAGGUAACAGCUAUUGGGUUUGAUGGUCGAAAACGCCAAUGGCCUGUGCAAAUGUUUCAUAUGCGUUAGAAUUUAACGUUUUUGUAAUGCUUAACAUUCGUUAUUUUCUCGUUGAUUUCGAGUCACGUAUUUCAAAAUACGUAAUAGACAUGCAACACUUUCGUAAAUUUUGAAAUCCAAAAUGAUCGGCAUUGCUGAAAGCUUUGUGUCGGUAUUUUAUCUA